UCUGUCACUUCGUCACUUCGGACUACGAUGCAGGGGUUCCGAAGGCCGUGUCCUUGGGGUCCUUCCCACCGAUUUAUGACUAUGAAUGAGGACUCGUGCAGGGAAGGGCCGUUCCAGCUUCAGCCCUACGUCCAUAGCUACCACCCUCCUCGCUGUAUGAAGGGGAAAAUUGUGAAGGUGGGACCAGUUGGUUCUCCGGAGUUCCGUUGGUUGUGCCACUCUUGCGCUUCCCAUUAUAUUGGGCUGAGUCUGGGUACCCAUGAAGUCCUGGAGCGGAAGGGCAUUGUGGAAUUCCAUGAACCUUCCGAGGGCGCAGAGAUCUUGUACCGUGACAUUAUUGGAGAGGAGAAAUACAACAAGAUGGGCUUCCACUGUGAGCUGGCGCGGUGCUUCUGGGGCGACUGCAUCGCCCAGCCGGUGUGUGCCCGGAUUUGCAACUGCGCCAAGCGGAAGUGCUACGGGAACCCUGCCCUGGAGAGUGAGCGGCUUGCAUUGGAGGCCUCUCUGAAGAACGCUAAGACCGACCUCGCCCGUGCUCAGGCCCGGGUGAACCUUCUUCAGAGCGAGUUGGACAAUUUUGAUCCCGAAAACAUUCUGGUUAAUUCCUUUGAUAAAGUUGGACUUUGA